AGAAGAGCGCAGUCGCCCGGCGGGCUCGGAGGACACCUCGCCGGGGACGGCUCAGGGAACCGGGUGUGCCCGGCCAAGAGGAGUCGAGGCGCGACCUCAACUGCCCCUCCCCAACCUUGUCAUCUCCUGUGACAGGAGGCUCGCCUCUCCUGUCUCGCGUCCUGUCCUGGCCCCGCCCCGGCCCGGGCCACCGGGACCGGGAGCCGGGACGCGGGUGCCGCAGCCCGAGGCAGGUAAGGAGAGCCCUUACUCUCCAUCCCCGGCCCGUGGCCCCGCUAAGCUAAGCAUCCGGGCCCCGCACCGGCCCAGGGGCGCGUCAAGGCGGGCGGCGUGAUGGCGGAGAAGGCGCUGGAGGCCGUGGGCUGUGGACUAGGGCCGGGGGCCGUGGCCAUGGCCGUGGUGCUGGAGGACGGGGCGGAGCCCCCUGUGCUGACCACGCACCUGAAGAAGGUGGAAAACCACAUCACGGAAGCCCAGCGCUUCUCCCACCUACCUAAGCGCUCAGCCGUGGACAUCGAGUUUGUGGAGCUGUCCUAUUCUGUGCGGGAGGGGCCCUGCUGGCGCAAAAGGGGUUAUAAGACCCUUCUCAAGUGCCUCUCAGGUAGAUUCCGCCGCCGGGAGCUGAUUGGCAUCAUGGGCCCCUCAGGGGCUGGCAAAUCCACGUUCAUGAACAUCUUAGCAGGAUACAGAGAGUCUGGAAUGAAGGGGCAGAUCCUGGUCAACGGGCGGCCGCGGGAGCUGAGGACUUUCCGCAAGAUGUCCUGCUACAUCAUGCAGGAUGACAUGCUGCUGCCACACCUCACAGUGUUGGAAGCCAUGAUGGUCUCUGCUAACCUGAAGCUGAGUGAGAAGCAAGAGGUGAAGAAGGAGCUGGUGACAGAGAUCCUGACGGCGCUGGGCCUGAUGUCCUGCUCCCACACGAGGACAGCCCUGCUCUCCGGUGGGCAGAGGAAGCGCCUGGCCAUCGCCCUGGAGCUGGUCAACAACCCACCUGUCAUGUUCUUUGAUGAGCCAACCAGCGGUCUGGACAGCGCCUCUUGUUUCCAAGUGGUGUCCCUCAUGAAGUCCCUGGCACAGGGGGGCCGUACCAUCAUCUGCACCAUCCACCAGCCCAGUGCCAAGCUCUUUGAGAUGUUUGACAAGCUCUACAUCCUGAGCCAGGGUCAGUGCAUCUUCAAAGGCGUGGUCACCAACCUGAUCCCCUAUCUGAAGGGGCUUGGCUUGCACUGCCCCACCUACCACAACCCAGCUGACUUCAUCAUCGAGGUGGCCUCUGGCGAGUAUGGAGACCUGAACCCCAUGCUGUUUAGGGCUGUGCAGAAUGGGCUGUGCGCCAUGGCUGAGAAGAAGAGCAGCCCUGAGAAGAAUGAGGUCCCUGCCCCCUGCCCCCCUUGCCCUCCGGAAGUGGAUCCCAUUGAAAGCCACACCUUCGCCACCAGCACCCUCACACAGUUCUGCAUCCUCUUCAAGAGAACCUUCUUGUCCAUCCUCAGGGACACGGUCUUAACUCACCUGCGGUUCAUGUCCCACGUGUUGAUCGGUGUGCUCAUCGGUCUCCUCUACCUGCACAUCGGCGAUGAUGCCAGCAAGGUUUUCAACAACACCGGCUGCCUCUUCUUCUCCAUGCUGUUCCUCAUGUUCGCUGCCCUUAUGCCAACUGUGCUCACCUUCCCCUUAGAGAUGGCAGUCUUCAUGAGGGAGCACCUCAACUACUGGUACAGCCUCAAAGCGUAUUACCUGGCCAAGACCAUGGCUGAUGUGCCCUUCCAGGUGGUGUGCCCAGUGGUAUACUGCAGCAUCGUGUACUGGAUGACAGGCCAGCCAGCUGAGACCAGCCGCUUCCUGCUCUUCUCAGCCCUGGCCACCGCCACCGCCUUGGUGGCCCAAUCUCUGGGACUGCUGAUUGGAGCUGCCUCCAACUCCCUGCAGGUGGCCACCUUUGUGGGCCCCGUUACCGCCAUCCCUGUCCUCUUGUUCUCUGGCUUCUUUGUCAGCUUCAAGACCAUCCCCACUUACCUGCAAUGGAGCUCCUACCUCUCCUAUGUCAGGUAUGGCUUUGAGGGUGUGAUCCUGACGAUCUAUGGCAUGGAGCGGGGAGACCUGACAUGCUUAGAGGAACGCUGCCCGUUCCGGGAGCCACAGAGCAUCCUCCGAGCGCUGGAUGUGGAGGAUGCCAAGCUCUACAUGGACUUCCUGGUCUUGGGCAUCUUCUUCCUGGCCCUGCGGCUGCUGGUAUACCUUGUGCUCCGUUACCGGGUCAAGUCAGAGAGAUAGACCUUGCCCCCGGCCUGCGCCCCAGCCCCCGCAGCAGGAAGCCCCCACCCCCAGCCCUUUGGGACUGUUUUAACCUUGUAGACUUGGGCACUGGUUGCUGGUGUAGCUGCCCUCCUCUCCCUUGGUCCUCCACAGGCUGGCUGAUGGACUGUGCUUCCAGCCUGGGCCCUGGGAGGGGGGGCACCAGCCCUCCUCACUAUGUCUAGGAGUCUUCCCAAAUUGAUGCUAUUUGUAGCUUCCUCCCUACUCUCUCCAACACCUGCAUGCAAAGACCACUGGGAGGCUGCCACCCUCCUUGCCCACGGCAUCCUCCUCUGUUGUCUGCCUGGGAGCCCCCGGCUCUCCAGGAUCCCACUUACAACUGACCAAAGUGGCCCCCUCUGGGGGUCCCCACCACACAAGUGUUUGUAAACCAGGCUGCUAUAGGGUUGGAGUUCCAGGGCUGGGCCCUGGUGGGGUCCCCCGUAAGUCCCAUUAUGGACACAGGAGUGGAGCAGGGAAGGACUCUGGAAGUCUCUUACUCCUCCUCUCCUUCUCCCGACCCCCUGACCCUGGCUGAUUUGGACAAUCUGCUGGGACAGAAGCUGGGUUUUCUGUCUAGGUCACCACUCUCAAUCCUGGGGAUUAGAGAGGCUUGGAGCUUUGGGAUGCCCCCUCCCACCUCCCCAUCACCUUUGGUGGGGGGUAGGGCCUGGUGGCACCUCUGCAAUAAUGUCUGUGUUCCUCUCCCACCUGCCGCUGGACCUGGAAAAUGCACUUUAUUCUGGGGGGUGAGUGAGGGAAGACCCAACACUCCUUUCUCGCUGCUCCUGAUGCUCGGUCCCAUGAUGCUCCCUCCUUCUCUGGAGUGACAGGCACAUACAUGCGAACAGGCAAUCUCAGCCCUUCACACUCGCCAUCUCCUACAGUGUAGAGGAAGAGAGACGGUGUCGUGGUGGUAGUGUGGGGGGUGCUGUGGGGAGGGCAGUGCCAACCUCCUCCUGGGGAAUCCCACUUUGGAGACUCUAAGGAUGAGGCUGGCGCUGCCCAGGAUGUCUCCAGGAUCUGCAGGUGUCUACCCGUCAGUCUUCCCUCCCUCCCAAGCCAGGGGUGGCACAGGGCACUAGCUCCCUGGAGUUCAGGACCCGACACAAGCACAAGCACGGGCAUAAGCUGGCCUUGGCCACCGCCACCCCACAGCCCUCCUUUCGUGCUCCACACUGGCAUUCUCGCUCCCCUACCACUUCCCCAGCAGCUUGCUGCUCAUUCAAACUCCUGUCCACGUCCUUCCUCCCCUUCCCAUCAGCAGGUGGCCCCUGGGCAUCAGAGCAGCAUGCCCUGGGCACCAGGUGGCAGACACACCCAGAGCAUGUGUGGCUUUCCUGGUGGCUCCAGGCUCAUUCUGCUUCUGAUUUCCUCUCCCCCAGGGCUCUUUUCCCCCCUCCUUCCUAUACACAUCCCUCUGUACCUGCCCUCACGCUGCCACAGGUUCUUCCCAUCACACAGAGAUGCCAGUUGUAUUUGUGGGAUUUCACCCGUUAUUAAUAAAACCUAUAUUUGUACAGUAUGCGGUGUGUAAA